AUGGCAUCGAAACGGAUCUUGAAAGAACUCAAGGAUCUCCAGAAAGAUCCUCCUACUUCUUGCAGCGCAGGCCCUGUUGCUGAAGACAUGUUCCAUUGGCAAGCUACGAUUAUGGGUCCUCCUGAUAGUCCGUAUGCUGGGGGAGUCUUUCUAGUCACAAUUCAUUUUCCUCCAGACUAUCCAUUUAAACCUCCCAAGGUUGCAUUCAGGACAAAGGUCUUUCACCCAAAUAUCAAUAGCAACGGUAGCAUUUGUCUUGAUAUAUUGAAGGAGCAGUGGAGCCCUGCCCUCACCAUAUCUAAGGUGUUGCUUUCCAUUUGUUCUCUAUUGACGGACCCAAAUCCUGAUGACCCUCUGGUUCCUGAGAUUGCCCACAUGUACAAGACUGAUAGGAGCAAAUACGAAACAACUGCAAGGAGCUGGACCCAGAAGUAUGCAAUGGGUUAA